AACGCACGACGCGGUCAGUGAACCGAAGUUAGUGUACGUGGUGGGCUGGCAGACGACUCUGGUUGCGCAUUUCGUCGACCUUUUCCCUGAUUUGCAAACUGAAAGGGUCGUUGGAUGUUCUAGCGACGCACCCUUGACACACCAGGAUGGAUUUGAACACUGCUCUGAUUUCCGGCGCCGGGACGGUCUUGUGUGGGGUCUUCGUGGCCAUCAUCUUCAUCUUCGGCUUCAAAGAGAAGACUUUCGAAGAGGCGCUGGACGAGCAGCGCAGACGUGGCGGCGAGCUGAUGGACCUCAUCGGCGACAAGGCGCGCGCCAAGAAGCCCAAGAAGCCCAGCAAGAAAAAGGAAAAGCAGCAGCAGCAGGUUGACCAGCCGCAGCCAGCCGCCCCUGCAUCCACACCCAUCGAGAUGCACCCUCACGUCGAGUUCAAGUUCCCCGAGGCUGAAGUUGUAAGUGAGAGAGUCGCACCUACAGUCGUUGCCCCUGCUCAGGAUGAAGUGAAGAAGAAGCGCAAGAAUAAGGUCAAGCCUAUUUUGCACAACCGAGAGGAGCACAGUCCUCUGGCCGAAGAGGAACCUGUGGUGGCCAAUCACUUUGAAGAAAUUCUGCCCAAGGAUGACGUCCUCAUGAAGAGGAGCAUAAGCCAGGAGGAAUCUCUUGACGAAGUUGACGCUGACGAUGUGCCACCUCCGCUGCCCCCGAAGCCCAAGUCUGUCAAAGUGGUGCCCCCGGUUUUGGCCAAAGUCAAGCAGGCCCAGGGCAAGGUGGCCCUCAACAGCAGCGAGCCGAUCAAACCGGGCAAGGUUGUGCUCAACACCGAAAAGCCAACCAAGCUGGCCCUCAAUGUCCAGGUGGCCGAGGCGCCUGUUGUGGCCGUCAGCCAGCCUGUCCAGGCCGCUGCACCUGCAUUGGUUGUCCAGCCCAUCGUGCCGAAGGACAAGAAAAAGAAGAAGGGCGACGUCCUUUCCCUCCAGCAGAUGAUCAGCAAAGACUCUGAGACAGUCACCCUUGGCAUGCUGCUGCCGCUUGUGCAAAGAGCUGAGUUGUCGCGCUCCGAGGUCCAUCAGCUCAUUGAGCAGCUGCUGAACCGUGAGCGUGUCGAAGGCCAUGAAUGGGUGGAGGGCCGUCAGGACCCUGUUGCGCGACUUAAAAAGCAACUGGCCGAGAAGGAAAAGGCCCUUGCUGAGGAACAGCAGGGCGCUCAGGCUGUGCAUGCCAAGCUUCUUGAACUGAGGGCCGAACUGAACGGCGAAAAGUCACGCCAGGGCGCUGCUCAGAGGCAGCUGGAGGAGCAACUGAUUGCCAAGAACCAUGCCAUCCAAGUGCUGAACAACCAACUGCAGGCUACUGCUGACCUGCAGAACAAGAAUGCGCACAACACACAAAUGCUUCAAAAUCAAUUGCUGGAGGAGCGAAAACUUGUUAGGAAGCUGACAGAAGAAAAGAAUGCUGCACUCAAGAGUGCUGCAGCCCAAAUUGACAUUUCCAAACUGACACAGGUUCACCAAGAGGAGGUUUGCCAGUUGCAAGCACAAAUUGCCGCCUCUCAGAAUGCAAUUGCGGACCUCGAAAAUAGGAUUCAGAAGAGUCAAAGUGUGCACGAUGAACUUCGAAAUGAAUUAAAUGCUUCAAAGCAGAAGAUUCACAAUGAGGAACAAGAGAAAGAGUCUUUGAAGGCGGAGCUCAUGUCUUCGAAAAAGAACCUGGAGAAUAUCUCGAUUGUUCACAAUGAGCUUGAGCAGCGAAUUAGAAGUCUUGAGUCUGACCUUAAACAAAGUCAGGAAGAAACGAAACGUCUCAAAGCUGAGGCAGCCAAAGCUCCAAUUGCUAGUGAAGUUCCUGAUUUCAGUCAUAGAGUGAAAGAGCUUGAGGAAAAAAUUUUGCUCAGGGUCGAAGAAAAAGAUGCUCUUCUAAAUAAAUUGCUGUCUGAGAAGUCGCAGCACACAAGCACAAUUGACAAACUGAAGGAGGAACUGGAAGCUCAAAGACUUAAAAAUGACGAUUUGCGAACAAAAAAUUGGAAGGUCAUGGAGGCAGCCACAACUGCCGAGAAAAAGUUAGAGGCUAAAAUGAAAGAGUGUGAGAGACUAACCAGAGAUGCAGCUUCCAUUAAAUCGCAAGGCGAGGAGCAGGAUUCCUUCCGCCAGCUGUUGCAAAGACUUUUCCCUGAAGUUUCUUCUCCUGAUAUUAAGGACCAAGCUUUGUGGAUCCAACAAUUUGAAACAUCCGCCCAGCAGUAUCUGCAGGAGCUUAGUAGUGACCAGCAGCAACAGGUUUCAUCACCAAGUGCUGAUGAAUCAACCAAACUUGUUUUGGACGAAGUUGAAAGCCAAAACAAGCAGUUGCAAGCUAUGGUCACCCACUACAAAACCAUCAUUGAGGAGACCGAGGGAAUGCUCAACAAGCUGGAGAAACAUGUGGAACAAGAGGAGGCUCGCUGGAGGCGACAACUCGAGCUCAAGGAUGAAGAGCUGGAGGCUGUGGUCAGAGAUAGAGACUCACUUAAAUCCAAGGUUGAGAGCUGUGCUGGCAAUGCUGACGCUGUGAAAAGACUAGAUGAGGUGCAAGAGAAAUUAAAGAAAGUAGAAGAGACGGAGUCCAGCGCUAAAAAGCAAAUUAGUGAAUUGCAAGCCCGCCUUGAGGGAGUGACUGAAGACUUGAAAUCUGCAAAACAGUCUAAAGAGGAGCAGGAUGCAAAUGCUGCUCAACUUGCGAAAGAAGCCGGUCGCUGUCAACUGCUGGAGCAGCAAAUCAAGGAGUUGGAGUCCAAACUCGGAUUGGCGCUUUCUAAUCACAUAGAAAAUAAAUCUAAGGAUGCCACAUUAAAUUCCAAUACCAAUGGCCUGUCGCUGGAGCCUUCCAUAUCUGAGAGUAGGCCUGUAAAGCGGCGAAGGUUUACAGAGUGGUUCCGAAGAAAAAUGAGUUAUCGCAAACGACGCAGCGUUUCCUCUGCGCCCUGAAGCCACAAAUAGACAUUCUAUGGACAAAAGCUGUGCGUGCAAGAAUUUGUUCCGUCACUGCAUUAUCAACUCAAAACUCAACCCAAUUGGUCCCCCAGUCAUAUAAUAAUGAAUAUUACUAUUUUUCCUUGUUGAAAUGUAAUUUUGUAACAUGUAAUAUUUUUCCUCUUGUUGUCUUUUUUAAGAAGUACUUUUAUUUUGUCUCUGAAAUGAAACUCGGUAUAUGGGUCAAAAUUGCAUUGAUUAAUGCGCAUAAUAAUGAUACGAUUAUUUAGAUUAACAAAGAAUAUCACAGAUACUACUAUCGCAUAAUAUUUUAUUAGGGAUGUGUAGUUUUUAUGUCAAUAUGUUCCAUUAAUCUUAAUUUUCUUGUGUUUUUUUUUUAAAGUAUAUAAUUAAAUGUUAUAGCACAGCUGUCAUUACACUCGCCCCCAAAGCAUUGUCAAGCACUGAUUUUUUUUACUACAGAGUACAUAAAAAUUUCUGAGAAAUUGGCACAAUUUUUUACAGUCGGUGUUGCUGUACUUAUGAAUUAAGUAAGGCCUAAUCCAAGGCAACAUAAGAUGUGACUGACCCAGUGUUGCACUGCUGCUGUGUGAUGAUAAAAUCUAAAUGUGUCACUUCUAUGGGCAAUUGUUUUAAUACUAAAUUUGUAAUAAGAAAAUAAUAAAACCAGCUUUACAAACUCGAGGAAA